GAACUAAUGCGAAUUAUCUUCGCAGCAUCGGUCGAAUGAUUCUGACGAAGGCACCGUGGAUCUUCGAUCCUAAUGGAGACAAGGAUAGAGAAGACAUAACGUCGCUCUACAAGGCCAAAGAAGGCACCGAGGUUGAGAGGCUGACCCUAUAUAGGGCAGUGCGCAGCACCGAAAUGGCGAAGAGAUUCUACUCGCUGCCGUCGCCGGGUAAGGAAGAUGUUGAGUUCGAUCUUAUGGAGCUCGAACGCGUCAACAUCGGUGAGCCAUUCGCUGUGACGGUGAACAUCAAGAACAAAUCUAACGAGCUACGCACCAUUCAGGCUAUCCUGUCCGCCGGCAGCGUUUACUACACUGGAGUUAAGGCGAAGCUGGUAAAGAGAGCUUCCGGCGAUUUUGUGCUUCAACCGAACGCCGUGGAACAAUUAAGACUCACUGUGACAGUGAAUGAUUAUCUGGAUAAAUUAGUAGAGUAUUGCAUUAUGAAGCUAUAUUGCAUCGCCACGGUCAAGGAAACUCGACAAACUUGGGCGGACGAGGAUGAUUUUCAAGUUUUAAAGCCGAAUAUCGUAGUCAAGAUCGAAGGUGAACCAACAGUUGGACAACCAUCGACCAUUUCGCUGAGCUUUAAGAAUCCCUUGAACAGGUCCUUGACCAAUUGCAUGUUCAACUAUGCCGGACCUGGGCUCUCUAGAAACAAGACUUUGACCUUCAGAGACGUCGGACCCGAAGAGGACGUUUACGUAGAGCAUCAACUCGUACCGCAAAAGCCCGGAGAGCAAAAAAUAAUCGCCACUUUCACAUCAAAGGAGUUGGUUGAUAUCACCGGUUGCGCGACUGUCGAUGUCCUUGAAGCCGAAUGAGUCGCAACAUGAUUGUUCAAAUUCAUUUCGCAUUCUCAAUUCAAAGCACGUUAAGAAUAUCAAGUGCAUCCGAUUGAUUGUCGUGAUAACAUAGAUUAUAAAAUAUUUUGAUUUUGACUAUGUCAUACGUAAUAUCGUUUAAGUAACAUCUUUGCAAAUUAAUUUCGCUAUAAAUAAUUUGGAUUAAACAAUUUCGAAUACUAUUUUGUAAUAUCAAUUUGUAACGAAAUGUUAAUCUGUAACGAGGGAUUUUGGCAAAAA